AUGAGAGUCUUUGGGACGAUAAUAUCUGGCAUUCUGACUGUGAGUGUAGGGGUGUCAGCCCAAGAUACGUUCGAAGCACCAGACUUCAAUGUAACCGAUGCACUCAUUGGCAACGGUGUCAACGUGUCCGCAAUUCCUGAAUUGGCAAACUUGGUCGUCCGAUCGUCCUCAAGCGGCUGCUCUAUCGCAUGUAACUCGCUCGGGCUCGUCUUCGGUAAGACGAAGGUUGCCAGUGGUCAGAAUGCAGAGUAUUGGUCAAAUCAACAACUAGCCGUUGAACCGUACUGCACUUUCACUCCUAAGGCAGCCCUUGGAAUGUCAACACUAGUAUUGAUAUCUCGCCUUACCCAGUGUCCGUUUGCUGUCAAGAGUGGCGGACAUGCAGCUUUCCCAGGUGCUUCCAGUAUACAAGGGGCAUUACAGUUGACUUGA